UUACAUGUUCAGUAUUUUAAUUUUUCUUUAGUUACAGAUUCUGAACAUAUAAUACAAAUUUAAAGUUUCAACCAAAGUUAUUGUUCUACCCGUAACCGAUACACGGGCUCCACCCCGCUUCAAAGGGGUCCCAGCACUUCCUCCGUACAUUGGCCGGGACCGCAGACGUACCUUUAUUGCGUACACAUCUAUAGGCUUCUCAAAUUUAUAAAUUCACUCUCUGCCUGCUCUGCCUCACAACUCAAUUACUCACUUCCUAGCAUUUCUCUGUAUUUCCAUUUCUUUCUCAAAUUAAUACUACUACUUAUAUUGUACUCAAUUUUUAUCAUCUUUUUCUCUCUAAACUGAAGCUUUUUCUUGCACUGUAUGCUGGAAGGAGGAAAUUCGAAGUAUUAUCGACACAUAAAGCUGAACAAUGGAGAGUUAUGCACCACCCCAUCCGGACGCCUCGCGCCCUUCACUUGGUUUCCCUCUUGGAACUGCGUUACUAUUGCUAAUAAUUUUCAGCUUGAGUGGCAUCUUCUCCUGCUGCUACCAUUGGGACAAGCUUCGCUCUCUCCGUCGAUCUUUCGCCAACGGCAUAGAUCUCGAAGCAGGCGAUGAUCCUUCAUCCUUGAAAUCCAAACGAGCAUACAUGAAUUGUAAGCAAAACCAAAUCUCAGACAUGCCAGCAGUAUUAAUGCCAGGAGAUGAAGUACCCAAGUUCAUAGCAUUGCCAUGUCCAUGUCAACCUCCUCGACCAGACAAGUUAUUUGCAGAGUAUCAACAGCAGCCAUCAUCCCCUUUGAAGCCGCCGCCGCCGCCUCCUCAUACGGCAGUGGCAGUGGUUGCACCUUACCGUCAAAUUCGUACUACUUUUUACUUGUAAAUAUCAAUGAAAAUAUAAGCAGUUUUCUAAUUCCUUUUUUACUCUCUGAGGCUAGGAUGUCGUAUAUAAAAAAAAUUAUGGUGAUGUUUAGUAAAUAGUGACGUCUGUGCAAAAAUAUUCCAUAUUUUUAUCUUACAAGAAAAGGAAUUUUACCUAUGAAGAAGGGAGAUAUUCUUGCAGGUGUAAA